ACUGUUUGUCCGAGUCACUCGUUCACCCUUCCUACGAAGUACUUCUUUUAAUACUUUCGCAUUAAAACUUCACUUCCCAGGCUCUACCUACCUUUCUCACUUCCAAGACUAUACUUCCCACCCCAAAGUCUAUAUCUCCCACCCCAUAAGCCAUCAUGCAGUUCAAGGCCACUCUCCUCACCACCGCGCUCCUUGCGACCAGCGUCGUGGCCGUCGCAGAGCCCGCGCCCCAAGUCACCGGUUUCAAUGUCGACCCGGCCUCAACCUCCGCCUUCCAAUCUGAACUCUCUAGCUGGAUGGAAUCCCUCACCGACGAUCCCGCGUUCACCUCCUUCGGCAAAGUCAUUGCCACCGGCGUCCCCUCCUCGGUCCUCAACAACCUCCUCGCCGACCCCAGCGCCGCCGUCGGACAGUUCAUGGGUGAUACCGCCCCCCCUGCCUGGUACACCGCCUUGCCCUCCUCCGCCCAGAGCUACAUCCAGAGCAUGGGCGACGCGCAGAUGUCAAUCUUCAACAAGUAUUCCGGCGGAGCGAGCACGACCUCCAGCGGCGGUUCCAGCAGCGGAUCGGGCAGUGCCAGCAGUUCUGGCAACGACAAGAACGAUGCGGCGAGUCAGGCUAUUGGGUUCGCUAAGGUCGCUGCCGCUACGUUGGCUGUCAUGGGAUUCGGCAUUGCGAUGCUCUAAGGGAGAGGGGACAUCGAUACAUGCACUUCAGCGGUAUGCGCCGUAUAUAAGGAUGGGUUAACCGCGUGUAGGGACAAUUCACAACUUUGAAGCUGCUUUGUUGUUGCUUUUCGCUCGGCUG